GUCACUGUUGACAUGGCCCAGACGCCAUGGACACGUGAUGCAUCGAGUGCGGCGAUUCAAUCUGUUCCUCCACUUAAAGCUAACUCCACGAGCGUUACUGGUGGAAUAGUGUUCAGCGCGAGCUCGAUUCAAAACCAACAUAAGAGCGACGCGCGCUGUCACCCAUGUAACAGCUCUUUGUUCACGUGAAUCCGUCUGAGCUGUAGUAGUAACGCUAAUCUUAUAAAUUGGAUGCUGCCAUUCACUCGGGGUGGGGUUGACACGGAUGACACACUGCUCAAGAACAGAGGCCAGGGGUACUGACUGAGCAGCAGUCAUACCGACGUAUGCGGUAGAGCCAUGACCAAGAGCGAGGCGAAGAAGGGCGGCCUGGCUGGGCUGAUGACCGCCAGCGGCAAGAGUCCCGCCACGCUGCUCGACGAGCAGAUGAGCCAUGGCUCCUUCGACCCGGACCUUUCUGGUCCAGAGCAGCAAGGCACGCCGACCAAAACCAGGGCGGUGAAGCAGACGUCCAGGGACCUCCUGUCUCGGCGAAAUACGGAAUGCGAAGUUUUCGAUGAUGGCACGAACACCUUUUUUUGGCGAGCCCACACAGUGACGGUGCUGUUCAUCCUCACCUGUGUCCUGGUCUAUGUCACCCUCCUGGAGGAGACCCCCCAAGACACCACCUUCAACACCAAAAGAGGAAUUGUGGCCAGCAUCUUGGUUUUCCUCUGCUUUGGGGUGACCCAAGCCAAAGAUGGCCCCUUUACAAGACCACAUCCUGCUUACUGGCGCUUCUGGCUCUGUGUCACAGUGGUCUACGAGCUCUUUCUCAUCUUCAUCCUGUUUCAGACGGUGCAUGAUGGACGGCAGUUCAUGAAGUUUAUCGACCCCAAGCUGGGGGUGCCCCUCCCGGAGCGAGACUAUGGGGGCAACUGCCUGGUCUACGACCCGGGCAACAAAACGGACCCGUUCCACAACCUCUGGGACAAGAUGGACGGCUUUGUUCCCGCUCACUUCCUGGGCUGGUACAUCAAGACGUUGAUGAUCCGUGAUUGGUGGAUGUGUAUGAUCAUCAGUGUGAUGUUUGAGUUCCUGGAGUACAGCCUUGAGCACCAGCUGCCUAACUUCUCAGAGUGCUGGUGGGACCAUUGGAUCAUGGAUGUGUUGUUGUGCAACAGUCUGGGCAUCUACUGUGGGAUGAAGACCCUCGGCUGGCUGUCCAUGAAGCCCUACCAGUGGCAGGGGCUCUGGAGCAUUCCCACCUACAAGGGGAAGAUCAAGCGCAUAGCCUUCCAGUUCACACCUUACAGCUGGGUGAACUUUGAGUGGAAGCCCGCCUCCAACCUGCGACGCUGGCUGGCCGUGCUGGGCAUCAUAUUCAUGUUCCUGCUGGCCGAGCUCAACACCUUCUACCUGAAGUUUGUUCUGUGGAUGCCCCCGGAACACUACCUGGUGCUGCUGAGACUCGUCUUCUUCGUCAACGUGGGGGGCGUGGCCAUGCGGGAGAUCUAUGACUUCAUGGACGACCCGAAGUUCCACAAGAAGCUAGGCCAGCAGGCGUGGCUGGUGGCCGCCAUCACGGUGACAGAGUUCCUCAUCGUGGUCAAGUACGACCCCAACACCAUCAUGCUGCCCAUCCCGUUCUUCGUCACGCAGUGCUGGUUCCUAGGCAUCUUCCUCAUCCUCUCCUGGACCCUGUGGCGCUUCUUCAUCCGUGACAUCACGCUGCGCUACAAGGAGACACGGCGGCGCCAGCAGGAGCGUCCGGUGGGCAACGGCAGCGCCGCCGCCGGCCCCUCCGGCCGCAGCCGGCUGAACGGCAGCUGGGACUCGGUGCGCCAACGGAGGUCCUAGCGCCCCUCGGCCCCCCCCCCCCAAGCUCAGUCACACGCACCGGAGGCAAGGCUCUGCACAGGAAGGAUCAUCGCGCUGGGUCAAUAAAGUGUGGUGGUGGUGGUAGAAGCAAUACUAGUAGUGGUGGUGUUGGUGGAUCGGGCCUCGGGUGAGUGUGUGUGGAGGGGGGGGAGGGAGAGAGAGAGAGAGAGAGAGAGACACUAUGGUGUGAGUGACACUAUUGGGCUGGGUGGAUGUGGGAGGGUGGACUAGGCUGCGGAAGGAAGGCACACGAAUGCGCUUGUGGUUGUUGUGCCUGAACCUGAAUUUCCGAGGAGUCAUUCCAAGGCUGGCUCGGCCGCUGUUGGCACCGAAAUGUCGUUGGAGAGCAGGGGGGGGGUGGGUAUGGUUUUCGUCAUGCGACAGGGAUUUACCUCAUUGUAUUUUCUUUUGUAAGUAGGGAACCAUGCGGGCUUGUACACGGGAGGAAAUUAUUUUAUAUUUUGUAAUUAUCAUGUUGAUUUGGAUUUUUGGUGAUUGAAAGUCGGGGGCUGGUGGGGUUAUGGUGGUUGUUGUUCUUAUAAGGAUUGUUGUUGUUGGUGAACAUGAGCAGAGGGGACAAUUGGUUACAGGAAAUAGACAGGACGUACAGUAUCCAAGCUCUCUCUCUCUGUCUCUGUCUCUCUGUCUCUUUUGCUUUACCAAUAUGGAGGACCCUUUAGUUCUGUUGUGUAUUUUUUUCGGACAGACCACAGAGAGAAGUUAGACCCCAGUCUUGCCAUCAAGGAUAUCUGAUUUUUCUGAAUCAUUGCUCCUAUGCAAUCUCCAAUAUUUGCCUGGUCGUUGAUUUCCUGGGAGGCACAAUGUGGAUCGGGAGUGUACAAAUGAACUAAUUGUUAUUUUCCAUCAUGUUUUGUGUAAUUGCAAUGACCAAGUGGCUGCCCAGCAACUGACGAAUUGCUUGGCUGUAAUAACAAUUUAGAAUUGUUUGUAUUUUCUGUUGUGUUUUUGUGGUCCUCAAUUCGGUGUUUAUUUGUCAUUUGAACAUUUUCUUUUCAUUUUAAAUACCUUGUCAGCAGUGUUUCUCGGUCCUACAUUCGCAGUUAUGGUUUACACAGAGUUGAUGUUCUCUGCUGUGGACUCACACUAAGCGGGGCUUUCUGCCCUUCCCAUGGUCCCGAUCACUUUCAGACUCCCGGGUGGAACAUGGUUAAAAAAACCAACGUAAACUUCUCUGGCUUUUGUUCUUGAAAAGAGGACGGCAAUAGUUUGUACAAUAAAUUAAACCCGUGUCUUAUUUAAUGGUAUGUACGUAAACGUGCUUUCGGAGUGAUGGCUUUGGCCGUCAUAUGUGUAAGCGUUUUUUUUUUUAGUUUUGCUGCCUACCUUUUUUUGGACAGGUCGAUAGUGGGCGCUAUAUAGUUUGGCCUCAAGUCUUGUCUUAGUAAAGUUAGUCGUGAGAAAUCUGCAUCGCUUUAAGGAACACAUCCAGGACAAUCACAUGCUCAUCGCUAAGCUAAAUUAGGGCUCUCCAGUUAGGAUGUGUCGUUAUGAUGACCAUACGCACUUCACUUUGUGGUUCACUAGAGGUCUGCCACGUGCUUGCUUCUGUGCCCUUCUAUAUGGAGUAGUUGAGCAAAUCCUGGUUUUGAACUCUGACUUUGUAAUCAGGCAUAGUGCGUUUGAUCCAUUCGGUAUUAGAGAGUAUGGGUUGUUGGAAAGGGAGAAGGAGUCGCCAUUAUACUUACACUUUUUAGCUUUGCCAUGCACCACCUGCGGUCAACCAAAGCUUGGAGCUCAUUCUUAAGCCAUACGUGAUACAGGAGCCAUCUUUUAACAAUGAGCUGUUUUUCAUUUGGAUUCUUCGGUUGUGUUAAAACAAACUCAUUAUUAGGGUGAACGGACAGGGACUAUUGGCAUAAUCCUUGUCAAAGCAAAAUGUAAGACUAUAAGAAGGGAUGCCCUGGCAUUAAAUAGCUUUAAAAACGCGAGUGGAACUAGGCAUAGCUUGAAUGUGUACAGUUGCAUUAAAUGGGCAGUCUGGUUUAUAAAUCGGAAAAUUAGCAAAUAGGCAAAUAUGAAUAAAGAUGCAGCAACAUAUAACGUAUAGCAUUUGAUUGGAACUUUGAUUCAAUGUCUACUAUGCGUGGUUCUAAUUGCAAGUUUGUCAGAAUAAAAACAAAAAACAUUGUUUUCCAAAGAUUUAAAAAGGCAGGCCGUUCUACAGGUCGGUUCGCCAUUGAGUAAUCCGUUUUGAGCUAGUACAUACCUUGUAUCCUGUGUGUGUUUGUGUGUGUGUAACAUGAACGCAACUGCAGAUCCAGUCAUUGGAUCGAUGCCAUUUAUUAUUUUCUAAAGGACGUAAUCCGAAACUAUUGUGUUUAAAGUAGUCUUUCUAGUCUUUCUCUGCUUAUAGAGUUUGUAGUCAAUACGUUUUAGGACGAGGUAAAGGAGUCCAUUUUCUUUUUAGUCUGACAUGAUAUAUUCUGAGAGGAAGGAUAUUUUUUUAAGCAUUUUUUUAAGUUUACACUGGCCAAAGAAAAAGCUGCACUGUAUAUAUUGCAUAGCCAUUUAUUCAUUACAUAUUUGGCCCCCUUUUUCUUUUAACAAUGUGUAACUAAAUAACUACAGUUUCUAAAUAUCUGAAGUGUCAGUCUGUGGUCGUUCUACUGUGCUGUGUAAUUCUGUCCAAUUGAGAAUUUACAAUGUUCUAAUGAGUAGACUUGGGACUGGGGAUUAAAUAUUGAGGAAUAUUCCAAAUUGCACUCAAUAUUGACUCUGAUUGUCUCUGCAUUGUUAGUGACUUUAAAACAGCAAUUGUCUGCACAUCGUGUAAUGCAACUAACUAUAUAGAAAUGGCAAUCGUGUACACAAAACAAAUCCCUGGUCCCAUCUCCUUGGCGAUCAGACAAGCUUAAGCUUUUUUUUUCUUUUCUUUUUUGCACUUGGUUAGUUACGAGUGACUGUCCUAGAUGGAAAUACAAAUAUGAAAUGCUGCUGUACCUUAUUUUAUAAUGUUUUCAAUAAAAUAAACAAUAACUAGGAUAAA